CCUGACGUCAAGGCAGCUAUAAAACUCAGCAAUGCUUUUAAACUCAUCUGCUUCGUGAUCCUUUUAAAAUUCUCUUACGAGCCUGGGCAAUUUCAUUGUUCAAGCCUGCAUUUAGCAUAAUUCUGACAACUCUCAACUCUACCGAUCUACGGAAUGCUGUCUUGAACAGUUAAAUGUUUGAAAUACAAAGCCGCCGAAAUUCUUAUGAAAAGCGAGGAAAAAGAUUUCUACACGCUGAGCUCCGAUGCAUCUGUGCAUUAGACUCUGCAAAGGAAAACUAAUAGUUGAGAGUUAGGACAGCGUCGCCGGAAAGCCUUGAAAAGCUUUUUACUAAAGAUAAAUACAUUUAACAACAUCAAGCUGGCUCACACUCUUCCAAACCAGUCCAGUUUGACAGCUGCUCUUCACCCCCUUUGGAGGACUGUCAACAGCAAGAGGAUGGCAUCAGAACUGGCAAUGAGCAACUCCGACCUGCCCACCAGUCCCCUGGCCAUGGAAUAUGUUAAUGACUUCGAUCUGAUGAAGUUUGAAGUGAAAAAGGAGCCGGUGGAGCCCGAUCGCAGCAUCAACCAGUGUAGCCGCAUGAUCGCCGGGGGAUCCUUGUCUUCCACCCCGAUGAGCACGCCUUGCAGCUCGGUUCCCCCUUCUCCAAGCUUCUCGGCGCCCAGUCCGGGCUCGGGGAGCGAACAGAAGGCACACUUGGAGGAUUUCUACUGGAUGACCAGUUAUCAGCAGCAGUUGAACCCGGAGGCUCUGGGCUUCAGCCCCGAAGACGCAGUAGAGGCGCUGAUCAACAGCAGUCACCAGCUUCAGACAUUCGAUGGCUAUUCUAGAGGGCAGCAGUUUGCCGGUGCAACCGGGGGAGGAGGCACCAUGGCCGGGGAAGAGAUGGGAUCAGCCGCCGCGGUGGUCUCCGCAGUUAUUGCUGCUGCAGCCGCACAGAACGGAGGUCCACUCCACCACCACCACCACCACCAUCACAAUGCCGGGCACCAUCAAGUACCGGGAGUCUCGAACCACUCCGGGGGAAGCCACCAGCACAUGGAUUUGGAUGACCGGUUUUCGGAUGAUCAGCUGGUGUCCAUGUCGGUGCGAGAGCUCAACCGGCAGCUACGGGGGGUCAGCAAGGAAGAAGUAAUCCGGCUCAAACAAAAGAGGAGAACCCUCAAAAACAGAGGCUAUGCCCAGUCCUGUCGCUACAAGCGUGUCCAGCAGCGGCACGUCCUGGAGGGAGAGAAGACCCAGCUCAUUCAGCAAGUUGAACACCUCAAACAAGAGAUCUCCAGGCUGGUCCGGGAGAGGGAUGCCUACAAGGAAAAAUACGAGAAGCUCAUCAGCAAUGGCUUCAGAGAAAACGGAUCCAGCAGUGACAACAAUCCUUCCUCCCCGGAGUUUUUCAUGUCGUCUCGGAAGUUUCUUCACCUGUGACCUGAAAGCCUUCUCCUUCCUCACCCCGCCCUUGCAGACUGAGAUAACAUGGCAACGGAAUGCCGAGGCAGAACCAUGGCAACGGAAUGCCGAGGCAGAACCAUGGCACAGGGCCUCCCACAAAGCACAACCUUUUCGAGAAAACCCCCCCCCCAACCAACCCCAACACCGACCCAUCUGAAGAAGAUGCAAAGAGAAGUGAAGAGGGACCUCCUCCUCCCCACUCCGUCUCGACUCCCAGUGGUACUCCUCCGUGCCUCCUCCUGCUCCACUUCUCCUCUCCUUUAUUUUACCUUUGGCCUUUUUCUAGAAAAACGAACAAAAACAAACAAAAGAAGGAAGAAAAAGAAAAAAAACAACACGUACACCGAGAGACAUCUGAUUAUAUCAAAAAGAUUAUUAACUGGAAAUACUAUUUUCUCUUCAGGUGCGACUCCUCCAUGCAUGUUAUGGUAAUGAAAACAUCUAGACAUCCAUUUACCUCAUCGUAAGGGGACAUUCUGAUAAGACUGACCCUGAGCGCAUUUUCAGUAACUGUAAAUACGACUCUUCACUACUCUGUUACCGUUUUCCAACACAGAUGAUCAGAAACCCAUGUAUAUGCCCCACUCUGUAUAUUUUCCCAUUUGUGUGAAUGGAUUUUUCCCUCUUUACUGUCACUGGAGUCAUUACUUUAUGUUGACUAUUAGCAUAGAAAGGAAGUCUUCCAGAACUAUACCCAACAUGUGUGAUGUACAAUAGCAUGGACAAAUAAAAUGUAGUGCAUUUCCCAGAUGCAUUCCUUGUAGAUUAAAGCCACACGAGUCAAUAGAAGCUCUUACAUAUCUUAGUUACUCAUUUCAUGAUGCCAACAAAUGCAUUUUUAAGAUCUGUAUAUUUACAUAAAUAUACAGUAUAGAGACAUUAUUAGAUGGUCACCUAAUAUAGUUUGAAAAUGGCUGUCCUGCAAGGUCGAUGUUAAAUAACAUUUGGAUAGACUUACUCUAUACAUGUUAUAGCAGCUUAAUUUUGCCCAAAUUGGCGUCAUACUGUAGCAGAUUGACAGUUGCUUGUAAAGUCUAGAUGGCUCUGAAAGGCUAUGUAAGGCUUUCAAAAUAGAUUGAUAAGUAGAAUAGGAGAGAGACUAAAGUAAUUGUGAGAGUUCUCUUCAGCAGACGUAUCUCUGCAUAUAUGGGCCAUCUUAACCUUAUACCUGUGUCCAAAAAGUCAUGACUCCUCAACAAAGAACCCCACACUUGUAAAUGGAAUGAGUUCUUUCCUUUGUCUUUACUUUAAGUUUUUCCUGAUUUGUUUCCAUUCUCUGUCUGAGUUAUUCCUUUGUGGUUUCAUGGUGUUGGAGGACCAUCAGCUACUUGUGGCUCCGUUGGUUCAGAGAGGGCGCCUUUAUCCAGGAUAAGCAAUAGACGAGUGAUCUUGAACCUCCCUCUGCCCAAAUCCAGUGAAGCAAACCAACACGCUUCAAGGCAACGAACUACGACUCCAAACUUGGCUGCUGGAAUGGAACAAGAACGGCAAAACUCACAUCACCUCACUUCUCUCUAUUUAUCUGUCUCUCUCUUUAUUUCUUUAUUUCUUUCUUUCUGUCCCUCAAUCUCUCUCUCUCUGUCUUUGUUGUAUAAAAAAGACAAAAAGAUAAAUACGUCACCAUGGACAGACAUUAAGACAUGGACGGUUGCCGCUGUGUGCUGCCAUGACUGGUGUGGCGAGCGUAGAGCCUCUGCAUGAAAUGCACGCAACGCGAGACGACCAUGAACGCAUUGUCAUCCUCCCCCUCCGUCUGCAUCCUCCUCUACCUCCACCUUCGCAUCCCAGAGACUCUGGCCUGGCCAAACCCCUCGUGCAUGAGCCCAGAUCGACAGUCCGUGAGGGGCGAAAAUCGGUCCAUCUAUUCUGCUUUGGCUGGAACCACUAAGCAAUUGGACUAAACGACAAAAACAACAUGGGGGAUAUGGGGGAUAUGAUCUUGUACAUAUGUAAAUGUCUCACUUGUACAGAGAGAACUUUUUAGCUGUGAAGGCUUACCUGCACGCUGACAUAGAUGAGAGAACAGUAGCAUGGACAGCAGUGUUGUUAUUAGUCUGGGGUAGGAGAGAGAGUCCAACACACCAUCUUGUUUCCAACACAACAUCACCAAAAACGCCAAACGCAAGAAACAUUUGUGACCAACCUGCCUUUCAAGCUAUGCAGACAUUUGUUUUUUUUGUCCGGAUAUAUCAAUUACGGAGCAUGACCCUGUCCAACUUGUGUUUUUAAAACAAAAACCUCAACCAAAGAAUGAAAGCAGAGGCCAACUGCGUCAGUCAUGAAAGUGGUGAAGAUGAUUGGCCAGAAACUGUCAGUUUGUGUUCCGUUCAUAGGGAUUAUCUCACAGUCAACACCGGCUUGCCACAGCCUUGAAUUUGGCUUAGCAAACAGCACACCAUAACAGCCAAACCUUCUCUAGUUAGGGAAGCACAUUGCUAAUUCUGAAGUAAGGAAAGCCAAAAUGAGAUAAAAAAAAAAAGAAA